AUGUUGGCUUCUUCCCCCUCGCCUUCCUCCGCGGCCUUGCGAUCCUCUCACCCCCAACCGCAUCCGCAUCCACACCCACUUCCUCGCCCAGCCGGAGCUGCGGCGCAUUAUGAUCCAUCGUCCGCUCCACAAUUCAGUAGUCCUCGCUCGUCGCGCUUGGCCAUUGAGGAGCUGCGCUCGGCCCUAAAUCGCCAUACUGUCGACCCCUCCUCUCCUGAAUCUCCUGCAUCUUGGAGACGGCGCGUAUCAACCGUAUCAACGGCCUCCGUCGCCGCCUCAGUCGACACCCUGGCUCCCAGUUCCGCCUUGGCUGUUUCUUCCGGCCCUUCAGCCGCCUCUCCUGCGACUGCCCCCGUGAAUAUUCCGCUCUCCGCCGCCGCACCUCCUGCCUCUACUGCUUACACCCCCUCCACUCCCUCGAUGCCUGCCCCGGACAGUUCGGGGUCCAACAAGCGCAACAGCCAGUGCGACCAUCACCCGCCGGAUGCGACGGCGCUGGCGGGAUCCGUUCAGGAUGGGGAGGCCUCACAGUCCAAGCGCCUGCGGUCUUCCCCGGAAGAUGUUAAAAUCUUGCCUGCAAAGUACGAGGAAGUCGACCCUCGUGACUUGGUAGUGCUGAUUUCUAGCAUGCUGAUGGAGCUGAUUCGCUUCAAUGACAAGAUCCCACUGCACCAGGGACGCUUGACUCGCUUCCACUCACGUUCGCCGCCCCGGAUAUCCGUGCUGGAUUACCUGCAACGUCUGACUACCCACGCUACUCUUUCACCCCCAAUUAUGCUCAGCAUGGUCUACUAUAUCGAUCGCCUCUGCGCCCUAUACCCGGCUUUCACAGUCUCCAGUCUGACCAUCCAUCGAUUCUUGAUUGUCAGUGCGACAGUGGCUAGCAAAGGUCUCAGCGACAGUUUCUGGACGAACAAAACGUACGCGCGAGUAGGGGGAAUCACCAUGAACGAAUUGGCCAUGCUGGAACUCGAAUUCCUGUUCAAGGUCCAAUGGCGGAUCGUACCACAGCCAGAGGUGCUGGAGGACUACUACCAGAGUCUGAUCGAGCGAUGUGACGGCUUCGAAAUCGAGCGCACCAGUACAAAUCACAGCAAUGCACCUACAGCUACGACGACGGCUGCCAACACUCCAUCAGCGUAA